CUCUGGAAGAGACACUGGAAGAGGAGCCUGGCUAUAGUGAUGCCCAGCAAGACUGGAAAAGGUACCAUCUGUUUGGGGACAGGAUUGCAAAGGGACUCCUUUUGAACUUGGCAGAAAUGACAUGGCAGAAAUCAACCUGCAUGCAGUGGAGUCCAUUAGUGACCUGCACUACGCAUCUAGCAGAAAUGACCAUGCCAAGGGCUCAGAAGGGAGCAGUCAAUCCCCGCCCAACACCCCAAAGACUCCUCAUGGCACUUUCUCCAAGCAUUUCAGUCUACCUAACGAAGAAGACACAUCCUUCCUACCACCAGUGCAGGCUGCCCACUUCAUCCCGGCUUGCACCUGCUGCCCCUGUUUUGGCCCCACCUGCUGUCCAACAGCCUUCCUUGCUCUCCUUGGAGUGCUCGUACUGGCCAGCCUUGCUUUAGCCACAUUGGCCGUCUAUUUGAGUGUAUUACAGAGUGAGUCACUCCGAGUGCUUGCCCGAUGGUUGGAGUCCCAGGAGGUGACCAUCCGGCAAAUGAGGGCCAUGAGCUUACAGCUGUGGAGUCAGCUAAAUGCCAGUGAGCCUGGAGCUCAGACUUAAUUUCUAUCACCCCUACCUUCCACUUGGGAAGCUUGGUUCCAGUCCUAUAGAAGAGGAAAAACAACUCCCUGCUUGACUUAUUUUAGACACUAACUUGACUUGAGCUGGAAAAAGA